AUUCGAGUUUUGAGUGCCAACCUACGUGCCUCGUAUUAUGUUUUUAUUUAUCCUUUGUUUCGUUUUUACUUCAAAAAUAUAGUGUUUAAGUGGUUCCAAGAAAGGAGACACAAGAAAUAGAUACACAUGUUGGGCAUAAAGUUUUUCGAAAGUUUCAUUUCAAUGUAGUAGAGAAGGAGCUUCGCAGCGAUCUCAAGUGUUUCCCAGUGCAGAAAGAAGACGAACGAGAGAGAAGAAUUGAGCAAAAAAUAAAAUAAUACAACACAUGAACUGGUAAAAACAAUUGUUUUUUAGAACAUAAAACAGCAAGUAAAUGCACAUCGAGAGUGAAAUGGACAACGGUUUGUUUGUUAAAAGUCAUUGAAAGAGGGAGAGAGAGAGAGAGAGAGAGCAAGUCAAAGAACAUACAAAAAAAGUCAUUGAGUGUGCGCGUAGUCCUUAAACGAGCGUUUGACAAAUAAUUUAGUGUGACGGGCUCAAUUCAUAAUUGCAUCUCACAGUUUGAACAGAAUUUUUUUUACGAAAAACGAUCACAUACAGAAAAUAAAGUGAAAACAAAAAACAGCAACAGCAGAAAGUUAUACAGGGCGCGCGCGAUUGUGGUCAGUUAUAAAGUGUUCUAUUUGCGUUUAUUUGCUUUUGCUUAUGCAGCUUAAUUAUAAAUCAAAUACUUGCAAUUAAACGUCGGCCUGUCUGCUGAAGUGUGUAUAUGUUUGUGUAUGUUAUGUGAUAUGGAUUCGAAAGACGUUGUCGUCGUCGACGAACGUUUGGUUUAUAGACAUGCGAUAGCAGCAUAAAAGGAAUUUGCAUUUUCAUUUUGAAUUUAAAUGUUUCUCACAAUUUUGUGUGUACGGUUCUAUUCUAUAUCGUGUGUGCCUGUGCUAAACGGAAAAAAAUAAACAGAAAAUUGAAAAGAACUCGAAUGAAAUGUGCGUUUUGCUCUUUAAAACUCGUGCCUUAAACUUGUGAUAUUUUAUUAUUGUAUAUUUUUGUUUACGAAAAAGCAAAUUGCAUUCGUUGUUUUCGAUAAAAACCGUGUGACAUAAACUAUUUGUAACAAAUUGAAUGAUAAUCAUUUACACACAAUUAAGAAACGAGCUGAUCUCGCCAUUUUUUGUCCUCUUCACAACUUGCUUCUGUGUGUCUUUGAAUCGUUGUCAGUCUUCCCCCAAAUACAUUUAACAUUUUAUUUUCGAAAUAUAUUUAAAUUUUGAUAAAAAAAAGAAGAAGAAGAAGAAGAAGAAGAAGAAAAGAAACAGACAAACAUUACCAAAUCAACAUCGUGAAUUCUUGCAAUACAAUACAAUUAUUUAUAUAUUUUGAGUGUGCUGUUUUAAAAUGAGCCAAAUCGGUAUGAAUCUGUAUUGGUGAUCUCAUGUGAUUUUAUUUUUCUUAUAAAACGACCCAUACGUUUGUGAAACACAACAAUUUUAUUUACAUUUACGAAGACAACAAGCAAAUCGUGCAAAACCAUUCGACUAUUCGAUUUGCUGCUUCUGCUCGUUUUGCUGAGACACAAUUUUUUUUUAUGUUGAUCAAAAUAAGCGGUGUAAAGAAGUACAUACACUCACACAUAUCAACGGAACAUCAUUUAUAUUUUUCGGGAUAACCAGAGGGAAUCUCGAAAAACGAAUGCAAUUUCAAUAUUGAAUUGUUGUUUACUCGAAAUGGAAUUCGAAAUUUAUGAGUCAGAAUUAGCAGACUACUCACUGCAAGACUCGCCAUUCUACGAGGCUAACACCCCAAUUAUUUUCGGUUUAACGUCAGCACAAAGUAUUUUCGCAUCAAAUAAUACCGCAUCCAUGGUGGACGCAUUAAAUCUAUCAUCAAAAAAAUCCUCGAUAAUGAUGUCAGCCAAAUGUCAAUCGCACAAACUGGCAUACGAGCGCACAACGAAUGGUAACGCUAUUGGCAAACGCAUCGAUGGACAUUCAAAUCAUAUCAACGAUGCACCUGAUACACCGUUGAAAAAGCGCGGCGAAACGGCCGAACGAUUCUAUUCAUCAAAACAUACAGAUCUCGACAUAAACGCCACCGAAACCAAUAUUCAAGCGAAGAAAAAGCGAAAAGUCUCAUUCUUAACAACGAAUUAUGUGCAGCAUUUCGACGGUGGCGCUCCGAUACAAAUCAAAGAAGAACCAGAUGAUUGUGGCAUUCGAAGUAUUCAAAAGGUCCCAUCACUUUCUGAUCUCUCGGAUCCGGAGAACUCCUUGGAUAUGCCCGUUGGUAUGCCCCCAUUGACGCCUGGUACAAAUAAAAAAUUGGCCGAAGUAUUGAAAGCAUCGUUUGCAUCUUGGGAAAAAGAAGCACAAAAUCGCAAUAUUACUAAAGAUCCCCGUCAUUGGAGCGAGGAGCACGUCGUUUGUUGGUUGAGCUGGGCUACAAAAGAAUUCUCACUGGAGUGUGUGAAUAUUGAAGCAUUUUCAAAAAUGCGCGGUCGUGAUAUGGUUGCCUUAGGCCGAGAUGGAUUUUUAGCAAAAGCUCCACCAUUCACCGGUGAUAUUUUAUGGGAACAUCUAGAAAUUCUGCAAAAAGAUUGUGAAAAAUCAUUGGAAAAUGUACCGACAAACGUCUAUGAAUCGGUAUGUGGGUCUGAGAUAUCCGAUUUUUUGGGAAAUCAACGAACAACACCAAAUUCACAGAGCUACACAAAUAACAAACCGUUUUCAUCGAUAACAAACGGAUUUAAUGCACCUCAUGAUCGCAAUGAAAACUCCUCACCAUCAUCAGCAGCAAUGCUGGCACACCCGCAACAACAUCAGCCAGUUAGUCAAAAUUCAAUGUCAUAUAAUGUUCAAGUAAACUCAGCACACAAGAACAUCUCGAGUUCAUCAACGUCCACUGGAGCAUAUAGUAUACAAAAUAUGAAAGAAGAACCGAAUACAGGUGCAAACAACUAUUCCAGCGCUGUGAAUGGAAACGGUCCAGAUGAUAUGGCAAGUUUCGGUUUGUUUACUCAUCCCGGUCCAUAUGAGGAGCCUGAAUAUCAUUCACUGUCACAAGAUGCACAGAAUCAACCACCGUAUUUAGAAAAUAGCCCAGAAUUUUAUGCUGGUAUGCUUGAACAGAAAUACAAUCAACCAUAUCAUAAAAACCCAUUCAAUUCACGAGGACGUUUUCAUGAUAACUAUCCCGAUUAUUCAACCUACGAUUCACCAGCGUUCCAAACCGUACCCAGUAGCACAACGUCAUCGGAUCAUUGGAACGUACAACAUUCUCACAAUGGGGAUUUUCAGCAUCCGGUUUACAUGACAACGAUGGGAAUCGAUAAGACGAUUCUCGGUGGUUAUCCAACAGCUGGUGGUAUUCAAUGCUUUAACGGCACCGGCCCAAUUCAAUUGUGGCAGUUUUUAUUGGAGCUUCUGAUGGAUAAAACUUGCCAAAAUUUCAUUUCAUGGACCGGCGAAGGCUGGGAAUUCAAACUCACCGAUCCAGAUGAAGUUGCACGACGAUGGGGCGUACGAAAAAAUAAGCCAAAAAUGAAUUAUGAAAAAUUAAGUCGCGGUUUGCGAUACUAUUACGAUAAAAAUAUUAUUCAUAAGACCGCUGGAAAACGAUACGUGUACCGAUUCGUAUGUGAUUUACAAAAUUUAAUUGGGUGUUCGCCCGAAGAACUGUGCGCCAAAUUAGACGUGAAAACUGAGAAAAGGGACGACGAAUGAAUAUACGUAGCAUAGACUUUUCACGGAAAUCCUCAAUCCAGAUUUAUACAACAGAUGAAUAAUUAAACACAACAACAACAACAAAUCCAUUUCAAAUAUUUUCAUUUAUAGAUUUAAAAUCCAUUUUUUUUUGCUUCUGGUAUCUUUUGCUUUAGAACAAAUUGCAACAGACAUUAAAUAAGUUGCAAACAACUGCUCACAAACUAUCGAUAGUUAAUAUUGAAUUAAAGAAAACAAAAAAAAAGGCAACAGAAACAAAAUGAAGAAGAAGAAGAUGGAACAUAUUUUUAAAGCCAAAAAGCACAAAAGCGUUGUGAAACCAAAAGGAAGAUGGCUGAAGUUAGCUCUAUUAAAGUUAUAGAUAUCAAUUCUAUUAAAAAGAAAAAAAAAAAUUAAACACGGAUCAAAGUGUGUGUGUAUGUGUGUGUGUGAGAGAGAAAAAGAAGUGGAGAAUGAAAAAUUUCAAUAUUUACAUGUAGUAAACUUGAUGUAUCGUCAAUUUAUAUUUUAUUAAAAUUUAAAAAAGAAGAGUAAAAAAUCAACAAAGAAAAAAAUGGAUUUUGUAAUGUUUUUAACGUAUGUAAUGUCUGUAAUAUUAAUUAACAACAAUGGACAACAAUGACAAAAGAGAAAACAAAGAAAAAAAAAUGAGCAAAAAAAAAUAUCAACCGAAAAAUAAAUACUUCAAUACUAGAAGAUUAGCCUUUUUAAAAGCGAAAAGAUAAAUAUAAAUUUCGAAUGAAUUAUUAGUUAAAAAAAACCGAGUACAUUUUUAUAAAGUUUCUUUUAAAAUGAAAUCGAUUAGCACGUAAGAAGACUAUGAAAAUACAACAAAAAACAAAAAAAGCAAUGUAUUGAACAAAAAAAAAACUAAAUUGAACGAUAUGCAAAAUUAUUUCAAUGAAAGUCAAUGCGCAGUGUUCGAUUCACACAUUUUAUGUUUGUUUUUUUUUUUUUUAUUCAAAUCCGAUGAUUCCUUAAUUUGAGGUCUUCAAGCAAUAAUAAACGACUUUUCGUUACGACACAAAAAUAAUCCAAACUCUCGCACAUUCAUUUUUUUGUUUCUUCUUCUUCUUAAGUUUGCAUUAGGGUGCAUUUUCUCCUCUCUGUUUUCUUCAAAUUUCAUACAACACAAUUGUUUAUUUAACGAAUGACACAAGACUAUGCAUCGAACACGAUGAUUUGAUUUGUUUUUUCUCCGUUCACUUCGUCUUGUUGCCGUUAUUUUUUUCUUCUCGCGAACAUGUGAUAUCAAUCGCCAUGGGAAUUGAGAGUUUUUCAUAAACUAAAAUGGAAAUCGGAACCGAUGAUGAUUCAUUUGUUUUCAGGAUAUGCAUGUUUAUCAUACGCAAAUUCCCCAGUUGCCGUUGCGAAUUCGAACUCAAAACACUACUUGACCGACUCGUGAACAAAUCUAUAAUCUCAAACAGAGGAAUGAAAGAAAAAACAGAGAACAUUGCAAAUAUGGUGCCUUUUUUUUAUCAGUGAUACUACAUUCGUUAAUGUAUUUAACCGAUAAGUUGGGCAUACAUUAUUGCUUCAAACUGUCUGACUCAUUCUCGUCUCACAUUAUCUGCUUUUUGUUUCUUCCAACAACUCGGAAUAAUUUUGUGUUCUGCUUUUGAAUCUGGAGAAAGCGAGAAUAUUGGCAGAACCGUCACAAUAGUGAAGAGCUUUCAAAUUUUCAGCCAUCAUAUUUUAAAUUACAUUUUCAAUAAAUUUAAAUAAUUUUUUUAAAAUUAAAUCACCAUUUAAAUCAAUUUUCUGCUGGCGUUUGCUGUUUCGUAGAAAUCACAAACGAAAAUCACUGAACUAUUGUCGAUGUAUAUGAAUACGAAUAGAAUGAACAACAAAUCUGCUGUCUGUCACACUCACAUAGCAAUUAUAAACUGUGAUCCCAUUCCGAUUUUCGAAUUUUCUUUGCAUUGGACAGAGAAGAUUUUGCGAAUGAACAAAACGAAAAUAUUUCAUCAAAACAAAAAUUACGUCUUAGAAAGAACAAGUGAAAUAAUUUCGAAUGAAAAAUUAAAAAAAAAACGCAAAGCUGAUCGAAGCCGUUUUUUUUUUUCAAUUCCAAUGAAUGAAUAUCACCAAUAAAAUUCCAAGUCGCCAUAGAUUGUGCUGAAUUUCAUAAUUGUGUUUAAUAAUAUAUGCUAAGUGAAGAGUUUUGAUUUCUUUUUAAAAAUAGAAUAAUGCAAAUAAUGAUAACAGCUCGGGUUAAUCAGAAAACAAAAGAAAAAUCCCAUUCUCGAACAUUAAGUGUGUUCGUUUUUGGGCUCUUUUUUUACAAAAAAAACCGAACGAAAAUUUGUUUAUUAGUGCUAUUUGUGAUUUUUGUGUUUCAACAAAUUAUGACAUCCUUUCAUAAGAAUUUCAUCAUGUAAAUUAAAUGGUUCAAAAGUUGAAAAAACCAACCGCAUGCAACAAGAAAUCGAUAUGAAAUCAAAAAAAGUUUAUCAUAUUGGUACCUGAUCCUCAGCUUUGUUGAAAAAUAGCGAUGCCAUGCAUGGAAUAUAUGACACAAACAAAACUGAUCCAAUACAAUUGAUCCGUAAACUUUUAAUCCGUGCGUUGCAUAUUUAUAGGCGAUUGACGUUGCCGGUCUGAAGAUGUUAAUGCUCUUUUCAUUGUUUGUUUAUUUUGAUUUUUUUUACUACCCAGUAACGUGUUGUAUACCAUCGAAAAAGAAAGAAAAUGUCACAGAGAAACAAAAAAAAAAAAACAAUUCAUCAACACACAUAGGCACACAAUAAGUGAGGAACAGACUACUGUCAUUUGUAUCCUAUAUAUAUUUUCCUCCUUUCUUUCUGUUUCGCGCGUACUACUGCAGUAUAUUCGAAAAGAAGAGAGAAAAUAUUCAGAAUCGAUGUUACUAAGAAAUAA